AACGAAAACCUUGCUGAUAUGCCCGCAUUCUCCGCUUAAUUCGCGAUCGCAGCGGCUUUGAUACAAGCUAGCCAACCUUGGCAGCCGCGCUCUCGCUCACGAAAAACCCUGAACUUUCAAGGUUAAAAAUAUGCUACAGCUGAUGCAGAGAUCACCCGAGUUUGGAAUUAAGAAUUUGAAUUUCACGAAAACUACAUGAAAUUGUAAAAGUCUGCAACCGAUCACAUUGCACUCGUCGUCGUUUAAAGCCAAGUGCGAGAUCAUCGCUAGUUUUUAGGAUUUUCAAUUUGCAAUGCCACGUAGUAAACGUAGAUCAACUACGGAUAUGAGUUCAAAUGAAGAUGACAGAUAUGCAUCCAAGAGACUUCGAAAUUCAAGUGUGGAUUUUUCCAGCUCUCGCAGAGUGUCCCGCGUGGAGGAGGCGCAGUCUUUCAGUCAGAAACGGUGUCUGGCAUGGUUCAGGGAGUACACGACACCGGACGACCCGGACACGUUAGGCCCCGAAGGCAUGGAGAAGUUCUGCGAGGACAUCGGAGUCGAGCCCGAGAACGUCGUGAUGUUAGUUUUAGCGUUUAAAAUGCAGGCGAGGCAGAUGGGGUUCUUCACGAAGGAGGAGUGGCUGAAGGGGCUAGGCGAGAUGCAGUGUGAUUCAAUACAGAAACUACAGUACAGACUGGAUUAUUUACGAUGUCUUUUAAACGAUCAAAAUAUAUUUAAGGCCAUUUAUCGAUAUGCGUAUGACUUUGCUAGGGAUAAGGAUCAAAGGAGCAUGGACAUGGAGACCGCCAAGGCGAUGCUUCAGCUCUUGUUGGGGAAACAUUGGGCGUUGUACACACAGUUCAGUCAGUUCCUUGAUCAGUCAAAGUACAAAGUUAUAAAUAAGGACCAGUGGUGUAAUAUCCUCGAAUUUUCGCGGACCAUCUACAAUGAUUUAUCCAAUUACGAUGUGGAUGGAGCUUGGCCGGUAAUGUUAGACGAAUUUGUAGAAUGGUUGAAAACGUCAAGAGCUAAAGCCGCCAUAAAACCAUGAUUAUACAUAGCCCAGUUCAUCAAUUUUACUGGAAGUGCAAUCGUUUACAUUUCAUUAUAUUUUCAACACUUUACAAGAGUUUAGCUACUUCCAGUUAAAAAUUUUAAAAUCAAUGUAUCGUCAUCACAAAAUGUGUAAUAAUAAAUCUUAUGUUUAGAUCCCGUCUCUAAAUGUAACUCAGAACGAACUGAUUUAGUUAAUUUAUUGUAAUAAGUGUAAGAUUUGGUAUUAUUUCACAUAAAACUCACUGACAGUUAA